AUGCAAGGCUAUAAAAGGCAUGAAGAGGGCGACAACUUCAAGGAAGAGAUGGAAGGACUGAUGCCUGGGAAGUAUGCCUUGCGGGUUGACGUCAGAGCUGUCCUUGCGUUGACGCCAGAUGAGUCCAUUGAUCUCAAUGUUACCUUGCAAGAUCAGCUCACGGCCUACAGAUCGGACAACUGCGUCAACAUACCUCUCACUUCAGAUGGCCUGAUAUUGGGAGAAGAAGUUUGUAAGACGAUUCGAACGCAAGAUUCGACGAGGAAUGAAUGCGAGAAUGUCACGUUUGUCACUUCCGCAACGAUCGAUAGAUUGCCAACUCUCCUGAACCUCCUGGCCCACUGGUCGCGUCCAGUCUCAGUUGCAAUCUAUGCGCGUACCCACGAAGAGGAGAGGCAAAUCAGCCUAUUUGUAAGGAAAUAUGUGCUCCCCUGGUGCUCCAAGAAGCAUCAAAGCAUCUCAAUCUGCAUGCUCACCGCUUGCAUCGAUGAGAGUAGACCUCCUUUCAUCCUUCCGUUUCCUGUCAACAGACUCCGACGUCUCGCCACCUCCAUAGCCAAGACGGACCUUGUCAUCUACGCCGACAUUGACUUGCUCCCAUCGGCAGACCUUGGAAGCAUCAUCAUGGAGAAGUUCCUUUCGAGGCAGGUGCAAGGAUGGAAAGACGUGCUGGUGAUCCCAUCCUUUCGAAGCAGCGACGAGUCAUGGCCCUCUCCUGCAAGCAUACUAGGGAGUGACAACGACGUCUGGAUAGAAGCCGAACCGAUCAAGACUGAUUCUUUGCUGGAGAGGUUUCUCAACGAGACCGUUACGAUCCCAGGACUGAAGGAGCUUGAGUUGCCAAGAGGCGACUUGUGGUUUCAUUCGUCGGUGUUUCAUGCUCCGACAGACUAUGCCCGAUGGUUCAACGCGAAAAGUCUUUACGAGGUCGACUACGUAUUAGGGUACGAGCCUUACGUUGUGCUCAACCGAAGCGACUGGCACGGACAGCAUGGCUGGGGGCUGUGGGACGAAGCCUUUGACACAUGGGGAUGGGACAAGGCUUCCUUCACGUUCGAGGUGGCACAUCUCGGGUACAGCUUCCUCGUCAGCAAUCGCGGGGCCUUGCUUCACGCCUCCUUGUCGCAGUAUGACUUCCCUGACCUCCCGCACUUCUCCUCCACAAGCCGCAGGACGCGAGCGGAUGGUUGGGGCCCUCCCGACACUGUAGGUCGACGACGCUUCUUGGAGCUCGUGCAGAGGGAGCAAUCUCGGCGCUUGUCCUGGAUGAUCAAGUCUUGCCUGGUGUCAUCGUUCCUGGUCGACUGCGACAAGUCUGACCUGUCAAACCGCGUCGAAGUUCGUGUGCUCAGCAAGCACAGGAACGGCAGCCUUGGUUUCAUCAAGAGCUGGAGCCUCGCCGGACUCACCCACCAUGUUGGGUAUCUCUUCCAGCUAGAAAUCCUGGAGGCGGAAGAGGAGCAAGAGUUUUUGAUUCAGCGACAGUUUGUGUGGGAUGCAUGGAGCAGGCAGCAAAAGGUCCUUGAGAUCCACGUGGAGGAAGACAGACAGAACGCUACUGCCAUCAGAGCUGUCCUCAAAGACCUGCACGCCUCCCAGCUGCUCGGCUAUCACUCCAUUUUGUACUCGUUCGAACAUGUCAUGGUUCCCUGA